UCAUUUCUGUAAGACUAUAAACACAUCACCAAGAGUCCAAGACGCAACAAAAUAAUGGAUUUCUCUACAUCUCUCUCUUCCUGAUUUUAGCUUUGUUUAUGAACCGUUCGCUGCCACCCUAACCCCAACUCCUUCUAACUAAAUAUUAGUGUGCAAUCUAUAUAUACACACACAUAUUUUUGUUUGGGAGUUGCAGAGAAAAUGAGUUCCAGAGAAGAAACUGAGGAUGGGAAUUUACGGAAACCACUCUUGCAUACAGGAAGCUGGUACCGAAUGGGUUCAAGGCAAACCAGUAUUAUGGGGUCUUCCAAGGUCAUUCGUGAAAGUUCCAUCUCUGUCGUAGCUUGCGUUCUUAUUGUGGCUUUGGGUCCUAUCCAGUUCGGUUUCACUGCUGGUUAUUCAUCACCUACACAAGAUGCAAUCACUGAGGAUCUUCGCCUCUCUGUUUCAGAAUAUUCUUGGUUCGGUUCUUUAUCUAAUGUGGGUGCCAUGGUGGGAGCAAUAGCCAGUGGCCAGAUUGCUGAGUAUAUUGGGCGAAAAGGGUCUUUGAUGAUUGCUGCUAUCCCCAAUAUCAUCGGCUGGCUCAUAAUAUCUUUUGCCAAAGAUACAUCUUUUCUUUACAUGGGGCGAAUAUUGGAAGGUUUUGGUGUAGGAAUUUUCUCUUAUACGGUGCCUGUAUACAUAGCUGAGAUUUCUCCUCAGAACCUGAGAGGCGCCUUGGGUUCAGUGAAUCAGCUCUCUGUCACCCUUGGAAUAAUGCUAGCUUAUCUGCUGGGGCUUUUUGUUCAAUGGAGAAUACUUGCAGCUUUAGGAAUAUUGCCAGGAAUAAUAUUGAUACCUGCCUUGUUUUUCAUUCCUGAGUCUCCAAGGUGGCUGGCGCAAAUGGGGAUGACAGAAGAUUUUGAAUCUUCUUUGCAAGUCUUGCGGGGAUUUGAUGCUGAUAUUUCUGUUGAAGUGAAUGAAAUAAAGAGGUCUGUAGCUUCAUCAACCAGAAGAACAACAGUCCGAAUGGCAGAACUCAAACAGAGAAGAUAUUAUUUACCUUUGACGAUUGGAAUUGGACUACUUAUAUUUCAGCAGCUCAGUGGAGUAAAUGCUGUUAUAUUCUAUUCCAGUACCAUUUUUGAAUCAGCUGGGAUCACAUCAAGUAAUGUGGCUACUUUAGGGAUUGGAGCUAUCCAGGUCCUUGCUACUUGCGUAACUAUAUGGUUAGUGGACAAAUUGGGACGCAGGCUUCUACUUAUUAUUUCCACAAGUGGAAUGACAGCGAGCCUUCUAAUUGUUGCAGCUUCAUUCUAUGGAAAGGAUUUUGUAUCGGAAGAUUCUGGUAUUUAUACCAUACUGGGCAUCUUUGCUGUAGUUGGAGUUGUGGCCAUGAUAAUCACCUACUCUCUUGGGGUUGGACCUCUACCUUGGCUUAUAAUGUCUGAGAUUCUUCCACCCAAUAUAAAGGGCCUUGCUGGAAGCAUAGCCACUCUUUCUAACUGGUUUUUUUGCUGGGUGGUCACCAUGACUGCAAACUUGCUACUAACUUGGAGCACCGGAGGAACCUUUACCAUAUACAUGGCCAUCAGUGCUUUUUCUGUGGCGUUUGCGGCCGUUUGGGUCCCUGAGACCAAAGGGAAAACUCUAGAGGAUAUUCAGCGCUCCUUCAGAUGAUUUUACAUCUUUUUCAUUAGUAUUUUAUUAUCUAUUGUUCAAAUGCAAUUUUUUGGAAGGAAAAUUCCAAUAUUCCCAUUCUCAGCAUUGCAUGUCCUGAUGAUCAUGUAGCAUCGACAUUGUUUCCUGGCAGAAAUAAUGGGGAAGAGAUGAGAUUUAGUUGGACUGA